AUGCAGUCACCCAAGCCUGCGGGCAUGUGCGAAACUGAGCUGAAAGUAUCCGUCGACGGUGUCACACAGUGGAACCCUGACAUCACGGUGAGUGUUGGGACCAACGGUGACACUGUGAUCUCACUCAGCGGCUCCGUGCAGGGGUCCUACGACACGCUCGUUACCGGGCAGGGCAGCUGCAGCUACACGCUCAAACGAGGCUUUCCGAAGAAGCCCAAGACGAAGGUGGUGUGCGCCGGCAAGUUUUGCGUCAUGAUAUCGCUGCAGAUGGUUGCAUCGCUGGUGGGAAAGGGCGUCCUUACCGGAACCAUCGAUUUGUCGAACGACGUAGAUUUCCAAAUCUCCGCCAGAGCCACCGUCAAGAAGAACGGCGAGUCCGAUGUCACCGUUAACAGCCUCGGCACGAAGCACACGGAAGCCGUCAAGGUCGGGGCGAGCGCCGAGGCCUCGUUGAGAUUCAGCGUGGGGCCAGAGCUCGUAGUGUGGCCCAUGCCUGGUAUUCCGAUUACUUUCGCGCCCAAGUUUCACGCGGAAGCCAAAGCGAAGGGCACCAUCAAGUACCCAUCAAGCUCUCUGCUCCUCGACCAGGAAUCGGCCGAGGAGUCUCUUCCUUUUGAGGGCUCAAAUGCAAGCUUGGGGCUGCUGGAGGCGGAGGAGGGACGCACCGCCAAGCUCCCGCAGUGUCACGCCGCCGCCGUGAGCUUGUAUACCGACUUUACCAUCACCGGCUUCGCGAUCCCGAAGUGGUUGAAAGAUCUCUUGAAGGACGGCUUUCUCAAGGACAGGAUCAAAGAAGCGAUCAACGAAGGUGCAAGAGCCAUGAUCAAGAUGAUGACCGGGCCACUGCAGUGCAUCCCCGGUGCAAGUGCGGUCACCAACAAGAUCAUGGACGCGGCCCGCGAAGCCGGGAACCUUCUUUCAGGCCUUAUCCCUAACCUCGGUCUCAAGUGGGACUUCAAGUCGAUCUACAUUCUGAAGCCUCAGAAGCUCUUUUGCAAGGAGGUGUGGAAAUACCCGAAUUCCCCGGAUUUCGAGAACACCCCAUGCGCGGAUCAGCUCGGAUGUGGAACCGCCGGCCAGGGGGUGGCAGAUGAGUCGGAGGUCGAGGUUGUGCCACCGGAACAGGUUCGCCAACCGACUGUGAACAGACAGCACGGUACCCCUGGCUGCCCAAACGGUCUGAAAAUGGGGGACCGCUUCAUUGAGCUUGGCAAGUUCCGCAUUGCCGAGCAUUACGACCAGUACUUGUCGGUCUCGCACAAGGACACACGGAAGGUCGCUGUGGUCUGGGAGAAGAACGGGAACGCUUGGCGUCGUCACGGCAGCGACUGGCAUCGAUACGAUGCCUGGGGCAGGUCGAAUGGGCUUGGCAAAAAGAUCAAGUUCGGCUUCGAGUUUAUCCAAAUUGGCAAGUUCCGCCUCGGGGCUGUGGAUGACAGACACCUCUCGAUCUCGCACACACAAGACAGGAGGACCGCGAUGAUCUUGCGAGACGAUGGGCAUCAAACAUGGGGAUCCCGCACUGACUGGAACACCCUGGACCGCUCUGAGGGAGCUCCCGUGGGCAUCACUUUCGGAGACGGGUGGAUCCAGAUCGGCAAGUUCCGAAUUGGAGAUUCGGGCGGCAAUGACUUGGCCAUCAUGCACACACGCGACAAGAAUAGAGCCAUUGAAGUUUACACGCGGGAUGGCAACUACAAAACGGGCAACGCUCUCAAUGGGAACUGGGGCAACUUGUAUGGUCGACAUCCGGCCCAUUGGACCUGCCCGAGCAUUGGAGACAUCGCGCAUGGUAAAUGCAGGGAGGACUUCGGAGGGUGGGGAGAUCGCUUUGUACAGCUCGGAGACUGGCGCUUGGCUGCCAUCGAUGAUCGCAACUUCGCCUUCGCCCACAAGAACGGCAAGAACGUCGAGAUCUUCAAGAGCGACGGCCGCCGCGUGUCGGGACGGAACAGUGACCGUGUCUGGCGAAGGCCCCUCGGCUUUCCCCACGGCAUCACCUUCGGAACAAGCUUCAUCCAGAUCGGCAGCUUCCGCUUAGCAGCGCUGGACAACGACCACUUCUCAAUCUCUCACCAGACGAACGUUGAUCAAAAUGGACAUCGCCACGCUGGUCAAACAAUGCAGAUCUGGCGAAGCAACAGUGUGCACGACAAGAGCACUCACCCGGGCCCCAGGACCGACUGGAAUGCCUGGCAUGGCCACCACGCCCGCACCGCUGGCCCUGCAGGUGUCGGGUACGGGGAUAGGUAUUUGCAGAUUGGCAACUUCCGGAUUGGAGUCCCAGACGAUGCAGACCACUGGUUGUACAUAACCCGCACCGACGACGGCGAUGGCAGAGUCAUUCAGGGCUGGCAUAAAGACGGCACUGUGAAUUCCCCUGGUCAGCGCCGACGCCAGUUUUCACCGACAGCCGUCCUGAACCGUCGGAAUAUUCAGUGGCACUGCGGCAACAUCCAGGCGAAGCUGGGCUCUUGCAGUGGGAUCACCGCAGGUCCCGGCUUCAUCCAGCUCGGGGACUGGCGUCUGGCUGCUGUUAGCUAUGAGUACUUCUCCAUCUCGCACCGGUCCAGAAAUACGGCCAUGAGAUUCAAGCGCGAUGGGACGUAUUCGGCAUCACCUGGCCAAGAGCAUAAUGGUUGGGACGAUCGCGAGUCCAGGUAUGUGCCUGAGGGGGACUUGCAGGAGGUGAAGAUCGGAGAUCGUUUCAUCGAGUUCGGCAAGUUCUGGCGGCUGGGGGAACAGAGCGAAGACAAGCUCUCGAUCUCUCAUUCAAGUGGAAAAACUGCCAUGGUCUACCAAAAGAACGGCCAUUUGCUAGGCGGGCCUCGCACUGAUAACAACCUCUUCAACCGUCUCUCGACCACUGAGCCCAAGGGGGUUACUUUCGGUGAUCGCUUCGUGCAAAUCGGCCACUUCCGAAUUGGGGACGUGGACGGGUGGCACUUCUCCAUCUCGCAUGUGAACAGCGGCAUGACCCAAGAGAUUUACACAGGAAACGGGCAUCGCCACAUGAGCAACGGGCAUCGGAGAGAUUGGCAGACAACGGGUCGCCCGUUGCAAGAUUGCAAGAUCUUUCCGGAAAAGCCUCAUCUCUUCAGCUUCGAUACCUUGUAUGCCUUCUACAACCCGACACACAAGCGUUACCUGCAGCUGAAUAAUGCGGCAGACAUGGCCUCGGUACAUGUGGAGAGUGGGCCCAGUGACUUGCCGUACUGGCGCGCCUUCGAGCGCUUCUCGGUCGUGGACGCCGGCAACGGCCUCGUCUCGCUGCACAAUGCCAAGAAUAACAGGUUCAUGAAGAUGAGCCAGAGUCAGAUGAUGGCGUCUCCUAUCAAGGCUGCGAAUCGGCUCCCCGCCAGCGGCUGGAACAGCGAGUACUUUCAAAUCGUCGAUGCUGGCGAUGGGAUGGUGGGACUCCACAACCCGGCCCACAACCGCUUCGUGCAAAUGACCAACCACGGCCAUGUUCAAGCCACAGGUCACAGGAAUGCCCGGGACUUGAAACAUAACAAGGGUUGGUCUUGGGAGAAGUUCUACAUGGUGCCCGUGAAGAACUAUCUUCAGCCGGGCACCUGGGUGGGCUUGUUCAAUCCGAAUUCCAAGCGUUUCCUCCAAAUGCACGGCUCCGGCAUCGGGUGCAGCAAUCAAUUUUGGCUCUUCGCCGUCCUACAGGAUGGACAUACAUACGAGCGGUUCAGGGUGGUUGAUGCUGGCAAUGGCAUGGUUGCACUGCACAACCACAUUUUCAAUCGCUACGUGAGCAUGAUAUGGAAUGGUCACUCUCAUGUGAUGACCCGAAGCUCGGUGUCUCCCGACACCAGCGUCGAGCUCCCCAACGGUUGGGAGGACUCGACGGCGUUCGUCCCGGUGCCUAUCAACACAAACCUCAACGAGAUUGCCUUAUGGCAUCCUGGUCAUAGUCGUGCUGUCUGGAUGGGCGGCAACGGGAACGUUGGGGUCAGCGGACAUGUCAACGCUCAGGACAUGAACAGCGGAUGGACCGGUGAGACUUUCCGUGUGGUUCCGAUCCCCGAUCCGAGGAUCAGCUAA